AACAAAAGAAGAAGAAGGAGCCGUAGCAGAAGAAGAAGAAGAAGAAGAAGAAGACGUAACAACAACAAACCAGACACAUAUAGCACGUUUCGACGUGGACUUGUGGCUCCUCAUGACCAACAAGAGGGAAAAUUGGGAGGAAAAUAUACUUAUAGCAGUACUGUGCCAGACAUGAGCUGCACUUUCCAACUCCUGGUUUCCCGCACCGACUUCUGCCAUGGCCGGUUUCUGCUGGUCUUGUCACAACGGUCCCCAUUGCUCAGAACGCUCAGCUCCGGUCCCCAGGUCAGUCGCAGCCUGCGAGAGAGCUACAGGCUUCUCCAACUUCCUGACGAGCGAGACAGCAGUCCUGUGCAGGUGAAAGAGGCUUACUUACGCCUAGCCAAGCUCUACCACCCGGACUCUGGGGCUCCGACUGCAGAUGCAGUGCUGUUUGCUCGGGUUGAGGAGGCCUACCGGGCUGUGCUGGCACAUCAGAGCAAGACAAAUAAACCUGAUGGAGGGAAGGAAGUGGAAGAUGAGGAGUCCAGAGGCACAGCAUUUGCACACAGACAGUACCUCAGUUAUGAAGGUGUGGGUUCAGGCACGCCCAGCCAGCGUGAGCGUCAGUACCGGCAGAUUCGAGUAGACCGGGCGUCCAACCAGAUUUUGAACUACCGGCAGAGGGAGCACGAGAGGGCAGCUGCUGCAGAGGGGGCGCUGGUGGAACGUGACAUGCGUCAGCGCAGUCGAAAGAUCAAAAUCACCCAGGCUGUGGAGCGGCUUGUGGAGGACUUGAUCCAGGAGUCCAUGGCCCGGGGAGACUUCAGGAACCUCAGUGGAGCUGGAAAGCCUCUCAAUAAGUUUGAGCACAAUCCAUAUGCUGAUCCUAUGACCCACAACCUCAACCGCAUCCUCAUAGACAAUGGUUACCAGCCACCGUGGGUUGUCACACAGCGCGACAUCCGAGAGACCACAGCUCAUAUCCGAAAGCGGUUAUUGGAGGGGAGGGCCAGACUCGGUGACCCCAUGAGCCCCAAAGAGAGCAGCCAAUGGGAGCAGCUGUGUGCAUCUGUAGAGGAGGAGCUGGUGAAACUCAACAAGAUGGUGGACAAUUACAACCUCAUCGUGCCGAUGCUCAAAAUGCAAAUGGUUCACUUCAGUUUGUCACGAGAGAUUGACCGUGCUGUGAAAGGAGCCCACCAACACAGACUGGAGCAGCAGAGAGAGAGAGAGAAGGAAAGAGAGAGGCGGAAGGAAGAGAAAAAAAGAGCCAAUGCACUAAAUAAGACAAAAAAUACCAAACAAGGCCUGAUGUCUUGGAUGAAGAGUUUUCUCUAGUUGAAACUAUGAAACUCUGAAUUUAAGUGAACGGAGAAGUCUUUUAGAUCGAUAUUUAUUAUUUUUCACUUGAACCAAUCAUAGCAGUUAAUAGAGCGAUAUUUCUAACACUCGUUCACCCACUGAUAUACAGCUGUAGACAAUGGUGCCACUUUGUGGCAAUUGAGGACCGCUACAUAUGUGACAAAAGUAGCAAAAAGCAAUUUGUGGCUCCAGAGGAAGCUGCAUGCAAUCUGUUAAAUUGCCUCCAGUGAUGUCAUUACUUGCUAAAUUGCAUUGUGGGUAAUGUAGGCGGCAGGUUAUGAAAAGCAGUCUAGCAUUGUACUACCUAUAACAUAACAGUGUUGGACCAGUAUGGACCAGAAAAUAAGCCCAAUUAAAAUAGAUACAGCAGGACCAGAGAUAUCACCUUUUAUAUUCAAAGUAUUAUUCUUCCUUUUCAAAACCUGGUGACUGUGUUACCCUCAGUGCAACUUAGCCACUGAGAGACAUCAGUGGGAGGUAUUAUCAGAUUACGUGCAGCUUCCUCUGGAGGACACUUGAAUGUGUAAAACUGGUGAAGUUACCCUUUAAUCAAUUAUGUCACGGUUAUUGUCCAGAUUUGCAGGGUUGUCUUCGGCUGUUAGUGAAAGAACAGUAUUGAGCAAUCCUGGUUGUUUGACUGUAAGUGUUGUGAGCUGCAUGUGCUGAUAACAAAGAUGUAACAACAUGAGUCAUAUUUAUAAAGCAAGUUGUUUCUGUGAAAUUACUGAUCUGACACACUGUAACUUUUGGCUGCUAUGUGACAUUAAAAGUUACUAAACAGUG